AUGUUGGAAGCUCUGUCUGACGCGUCUGCAUCGGCGACCCGAAAGGAGAAGCGGCGAUGGAAGAUGACGAUUCAGGGCUCAUGGCACCAAAUGACCAUGUCCGCCUCAAUUUCAUUCAUCCACAAUGAACUUGACGGUGGUUGCCGACAGUCGACCGUCCAGGUGCCCUUUGGCUUGUUCUUUAAGGAACCGAUCGAUGUCUGCGAAUGGCCGAGCGUUGCCGAA